AGGACAAUGACCCAAAGCACAGCUCCAAGAACUAUUUAGGGAAGAAGCAGUCAAGUGAUCUUCUGUCUAUAAAGGAGUGGCCAGCACGGUCAUUGGAUAUCAAGCUGUUAUGCGAGCAGCUUGGCCAUGUGCUUCAGGAAGCGUGGAGUGACAUUUCUUCAGAUUACCUUAACAAAUUGACAACAUUCAUGGAAAACAAGAAUAUUUCCAAGUGACCCAAAACUUUUGAAUUUCUUAUAACUAAUUAGCUAAUUACAGGCUGAAAUAGUUCUUUCUCCACUCAUGUUAUAAUUUUUCCUUCCUGGGUAGACUCACAUUAUUCACAUUGCAUUCUAGCUGUACUACCCAUGUUUGGUUCUGACAAGUCACAAAAUAUCCAAAACAGAUAGAUAACAGAUAUUAGUCUGCCCCCAAACUUUUCAGACUACAAGUAUGACUUUGUCCUAGUUGUAGGCCAUUGAUCACUGUGCAUACAAGCCUGGCACAAACAACCAUUGGGAAUGAGCCUUGGUGGAAUUGACUGUACUGAGUGAAGUAUUUGACCUAAUGUCCUCACAGGCUCAAAGUUUUCAUUAUUUAUUAUUUUUUCUAUCCCCACUAGGAUAGUUAAACCAGCGCACAAAAACACAAGAAACAGAGUAGACUUCAUGUACUGUAAGUGAAUUUAGUGUCCCUAUACCCAAAGCUGUGUGCCCCCUUAUCAGAUCAGAAUGGGCAACAGAACAACAGCCAAAAAAAGAUUAGAUUAGUCAAUUUAGGCUGUAGAAGAAUGUAGCCCUUCUCAGAAUUCUGUAAAACACGGGUCAUUAAGAAAUGUAAUUCACAAUAAUGACCUAGGUUGUGUCUCUUUCUUGAUCAGGUUUUUGUUACUAACCAACAACAGGUUGUUCUGAUGUGGGUUGUUGUUUUGUUUGAUGGAACAUUUCUGUGGUAAUUUGAUUGUAUGAGCCAUUUCUGGUGCUUUGGCUUAUCCACAUUAUAAGCUAUUCCUAAAGUAGGAAGGGCAGCUAAAGAAAUACACAUAGUCUUUUCAUUAUCCUCUGAAAAGAUGAUACAUGUAUUUUUUCUGAAUGUUUGUUAUGUAUUGAUUUUGGAUUUUAUUCUUGCUGGUAACAGUGAGUAACGUAGCUGUCAGUCAGGAUUUACCUAUUCUGUGUUGACAGUUGAGAUAAAUGAACUAGCAUAUGCAUUGAGGCAGUGUUGACAGCAGGCAUUUCAACCUUACAUAUUCAUACAUAUCUAGUGUGUGAGUGUGCUUGUGUGCAUGUGCGCUUGCUUGCAUUAGUACAACUGUAAGUCCUCAAGAAUAAUAAAACAAGAACAAUCUGGAUUGUUAAUGGGGACUUUUUGGGAUUUGGGUAAAUCAAGCCACGAAUACCCUAUCAAGCCACGCAGAGUCUCAUGAGACCCCAUCAGAUUCUCAGGAGAGAGCAUCAGAGCCCCAGUUCAUGCUGCACUGCCCAGGGACUGCCCCGGGACUGCCCUGGCACUGCCCCGGCGACGAGGGACCUGGCAGAGGAUGAACUCGACCAGGGUAGAAAGGGUUUAGUGGCUGUCUGAGCAAUUUGAUUCCUCCCAGGCCACUACAGAGACAACGCUGCCAUCCCUAGAGAGCGGUUUGCCUGUUCAGUUUUGUUAUCCCCUUCACCCCCUCUGCUAUUUCUAUAAAUGAAAUAACCCCUGGGCUCUGAACACUUGUCAUGUGUCCAUUCUUCAUGCCCCUUCCUGUUACACAAGAAAAAGCUGUCUGAUUUUUAAUAAUUUUGACAAACAAAAAAUUAUUCUGUUUCAUGACCCUCAACCAAUUGCCCAGUAUUUGCGCAACGGACACGCCGAAAUCAGCAGAAGCAUGAUUAAACCACAUCUUUACACAUGUUGUAUAUGAACUCAAGCUUUUUAGACAUCCUGGGGUUUCAAGGAAAUCUGUUUCUCUGAGAAAUCUGGCCACGCAUGGUAAGAAGAAAGUUCUCAAGUGGUUUCUCUCACCUCAGCACAUGAAAGGGUCAUUUAGUUUAAGACGUGCAUCUUUAUGCUGUCAUCAGUGCUUAACUUGGGCCGAAACCAUCCAGAACAGCGUUACGGCACUUCUAAUUUUAGGCAAAGAGCGUUCCGGUUCCUUUUUAAGCAAAGCUUAUUAACACAUACAUUUUGAUGAACGCAGUCUAGUGUGCGAUUUCUCCGUUCCUGCACUUAUUUUAUUUUAUAUUUAAUAGAGUUAAGCGCUGGCUGUCGCUGCAACCUGGUCUAGUUGAAAGCAUUGUGACAGGGCAGAAGAGGCAGAGAGUGUCGCUCUCUACUGGAGAUGUGUGUGUGUUUUUGGAGGGGUGCAUCACCCUUAGGCACAUAAACACUCUGUUUUUACAUCCAAUCUUUUUAAAGAUCCUUUUCAUAUUUUUAUGAUUUAUGUGAGGAGUCAUGAGGGCUGGCAGUUAGCGGGUUCCCCACUGAACGCCAUUCUGAUUCAUAUCAGGCACACGCACAUGCCAAACACACACGCACAGACACACACACACAGACACACGCACGCGCAGAUAAAGUACUCAACAAGUUCAUGUAUGUAAUAUUUUAUGUUUUAAGUGAUAUAACGAACUAUUAAAUGCUGUUUCACAACUCUUCAGCAUGGUAAAUGGACAUGUAUCUUUCUGUUGGAAUUUUUGAAGAACGUUAGGACAGGAAAAAAGUCUUAAGUCUUACGGCAACCUAGAGAUAAUAUGGCAUCAGUAAUAUUUGAGAUUUUUAGGCAGCUCUUUCUACCGCAUGCUACUUUCUAUGUUAAGCAGAACACCACUUUCUGUUUCUGUCCCGCUUUUACCUUCAAACCGCUCAACUGAAAUGUAUUUCCCCUCGCUCCCUCUGUCUCACCAUUAACACAAUCAACCAAUGACAGGGCUCAGGGAUAGGAAAUAGAUGGUGAUGCUAUUUUUAGCAGCAGCGAAGGAGGGCAGACUGAGGGAGAGACGGAGAGGGCAGGAGAGAGAGAAACGGAGGAGAUAAAUCUCCAUUCUAAUGUUGCCUCCGGACAGACACAGAGGUACCGAGGACGCUCUCAGACAAACAUAACUACUUGUUCUUUCUUUUGAAGAGACGCAGCCUUAUAUGCAAAGACAUUCGCACGAUCUUUCUUAAAAAGAGUUGACAGGUGCAAGCUGGAUAUACACACAUUACUGGGGCAGAGAACAGAGACGGGGGAAGAGACUUGGAAAUUCAACACACCUCUUGUUCCAGGAGCCAUGCGUCCCAGGUCCAAACUGCUGUCCCAGAAGAGGAGACUGCAGCUUCCCACCAUCCGAGAAGGUUACGAGGACCUGGUUAGAGACAUGAACCAUUUCAACAGCGUCAGUCAGAUGAACCAGUCCAACACCCUGCGUUCUUCCCAGCCUGCUGCCCACCACGAGCUCCGCCCACACAGCCUCUCCUCAGAUGACUACCUGCUGUCCAUACGUCACCUGGCUCACCCCACGUCCCUUCCCACCAAUGACAUCAUCAACCCCCAAAGGCAGGCCUUGAAGGGUGUGAGGCCGCCGCAACUUGCUGUGAGCGAGGGGAGCCCUCCAGCGGCCGCUGCGCUUCGUCACAGGAAGCGGUUCGGUGAGGGCGACGCGGCAGAGUCCGGGGUGUGGUCCGAGCUUCUCACUGUUUACCGAGGACCAGGAAAACACUCCCUCUAUGGCGGGGCUUCGUUCGGUUGCCUAGGCAAUUCAGACCCCUUAGAGUUCCUGUACGGUAGCCUCGCCCAAUCCACCUGUCAGUCAGAUAAUGGGAAGCGGGGAUUGGGUUUGAGGAGACAGGUGGCACCUCGUUACCCCCACUCAUGCCCCUCUGACCUGCGGCUGCAACGUAAGAGCAACUUGGGUGAUAGUGCCACCCUUGCCGGUGACCCUUCACCUUCUGACCUUAGGCAGCCCCAACAGACCGGUGAACAGAGGGUUGCGGAACAUCUACAGGCUAUAACAAAUAGCCCAUUAAACAAAGAAAACCAGCGUUGUGACGAGAGGGCGAAAGAGGGGAAAGAAAAGAGGGAACGCGAGAGAGAGCGCUCCACAGUUGAACAUUCCCUGAUCUCUCAGUGGAUCUCAGACUGUCGCUGUGCCUGGAAAGAGGCCAGUGUACGAGCUUGCAUACUGCCCUCAGUUGCAGAUACAUAGUACCACCAGACACAACCACAUCAGACUGAAGUCACAGAAUCACAGAAUAACACAUAUUUACAAAACGUAACGCACCACAGACUUUGCGCGAUUCUGAGCCGAGACACCUGUGAAUAUAUACUGAUUAGAUUCGAUUAAUGUAAUAUUAUUAUUGAAAUAUUCCAGUUUUUUUUUUCUUUUUCUCUAGCAUGUGCUAAGUUUUGGUGUUACCACACAGUACGUACAGGCUAAUAUUUUUAAACAUCUGUGUAUAAUGAAUCGGUCAAAAGCAUGUUUAUAUUUAUACAGUGCUGUCUCACUGAUUGUAAGCCUAUGACUGUUCAUUAGGUAUGAUUGCUUGUUUUGGGGCACAUAAACAUCAGCAGUCCAAUA